CCAUGAAUAUCUUCAAAGACGUGGUCAAUCGGAAAACAAUACCUACCGCGGCCGAUCCCGACGGUCGAUUCCAGUACCAUGCCGAGAGGCUCACCGCUGCGGCCAUCACACAGACCUACAACUACAUGAUCGAGGGAGGUCUCGAGUACGGGUUGCUGACUACCGGCGAGACUGGCGAGAACCCGGCACACUCUUGUACCAUCUAGCAGAGCCCGCUUUUGAGGUGGCAGCGCAAUCGGGGGAACACCAC